UCCGUCACUGACAUACGUCUGUGAACAGCGACACAGACAGCGGCCGAUCCACCAGCGCCACCCCCGUCUCCUCCCUCCCGUGGCGGCGGUGGAGUCCUCCUUGUAGUCCGCUUCCGGGUGGUGGGCGGCGGCGCAGAGGCGACGCGCUCCCCUCGCAGGAACUGCUUUACCCAGAAUCCCCCGCGACGCCUCAACUUACAGAACUGGCUUCUUGAGCUCCGGGAGUGUUUCCCAUUUAAACAAACAGUGCCGAAGAUGGCGGAGAGUUAAUGUUUAAAGAAGAAAUUAUCGAGCCCGGCGGACAAACAGCAGCGACAAGACUCAAUUGACCAGCCCACAUAGGACCACACCCCCUGGAGUGACGAGGAAGAGGGAAUCGGAUCGUCCAUCAUCUCGGCCCCGGUACAAGGUGCUGAUAUGUGUACACGAUGAGCGGACUGGGGGAGAACUCCAUGGAGCCUCUGAGCUCAGAAAACCGGAAGCGCAAGCUUUCCACUUGCGACACGCCAGGUCUGGGGUGUGACAGGAAGCGUCGGGAGCAGGAGAGCAAAUACAUCGAGGAGCUGGCAGAGCUGAUCUCUGCCAACCUCAGCGACAUCGACAGUUUCAACGUCAAACCAGACAAAUGUGCCAUCCUCAAAGAGACGGUGCGCCAGAUCCGGCAGAUCAAAGAGCAGGGAAAAGCUUCGUCCAACGAUGACGACGUUCAGAAGUCAGACGUGUCCUCAACAGGUCAGGGGGUCAUCGACAAGGACCACCUGGGGCCGCUGCUGCUGCAGGCUCUGGACGGCUUCCUGUUCGUUGUGAACCGCGAGGGCAGCGUCGUGUUCGUGUCGGACAACGUGACGCAGUACCUGCAGUACAAACAGGAGGAGCUCAUCAACACCAGCGUGUACAACAUUCUCCAUGAGGACGACAGGGAGGAGUUCCACAAGAACCUGCCCAAGUCUAACAUAAAUGGGGUGUCGUGGGGAAGCGAGGCCGCCCGACAGAAGAGUCACACCUUCACUUGCCGGAUGCUGGUUAAGUUUGGCCACGUCCACGGCCCCAUGGAGGAGGGGCCAGCGGGGCCACGCUACGAGACCAUGCAGUGUUUCGCCCUCACCCAGCCCAAGGCCAUGAUUGAGGAGGGGGAAGACCUGCAGUCAUGUAUGAUCUGUGUCGCCCGACGGGUGUCAGCCAUGGAACGAACGGAGAGCUUCAACACUCGGCAUGAGCUCUCAGGUAAACUGAUCCAGAUCGACCAGAACUCUCUGCGAGCGUCGAUGCGUCCGGGCUGGGAGGAUCUGUUGAGGCGUUGCAUUCAAAUGUUCCUGCAGCACAGCGACGGGCAGCCGUGGUCACACAAACGCCACUACCACGAGGCUUUUCUCCAGGGUCACGCCGAGACGCCCCUGUACCGCUUCUCUCUGUCCGACGGCACUCCGGUCACGGCCCAAACCAAGAGCAAGCUGUACCGCCAUCCCAUGAGCAACGAGCCGCAAGGCUUCAUCUCCACGCACCUGCUACAGAGAGAACCCAACGGUUACCGCUCAUCUCAGGGCGGGAGCAUGAUGCCCAACACCAUCAGACAACAGGGCAUGGGAGGCCCCAACCCGAAUGCCCAGAUGAACAUGAACCCGAGUGGGGGGAUGGGGAUGGGUGCCAUGAACAGGGGCUUUGGCAUGAACGAGCAGGGCCACAUGGGUCAUAUGGGUCCAAUGGGUGGUGGUGGCUCUAUGUACGGAGGGAGUGGCGGAGGCGGUGGAGGCGGCGGAGGCAUCGGCAACCGCAUGAUGCAGAUGAAUCAGAUGGGGCAGAUGAAUCAGAUGGGUCCCAUGAAUCACCCAGGCCAAGGCAUGCAGCAGCACCCACAGCAGCACCCCCAGCAACACCCACAGCAGCACCCGCAACAGCACCAACAGCACCCGCAGCAGCAUCCACAGCAUCCGCAGCAGCACCUGCAGCAGCCACCAUUUCAGAGCAGCGGCGGGUUUGGGCUCAGUGGCCUGAACAGCCCGUCGGGGAGCCCCAGGAUGGGCGGCCCCCAGCAGGGACUCCUGAUGUCACCGCGGAACCGAGGGAGCCCAAAAAUGGGGGCCAACCAGUUUUCACCUGGAGGCAUGCACUCUCCUAUGAGCGGCAUUGGCAGUGGUGGAGGAAGUGGAGGAGGCACCACCACCUUCUCCAGCAGCUCCCUAAACGCCCUACAAGCCAUCAGUGAAGGAGUCGGGAGCUCCCUCCCCUCCACCCUAAUGUCUCCAUCACCAGUCCAUAAACCAGACAGCUCUCCCAGCAUCCACUCCUCCUCCUCUUCCACUCAGCCCAGUCAGCCUGCCAAGCCAGGCCAAGAUGGCUCCAAAAGUCCAGCAGGAGGCUUAGGACCAGGACCUGCUGACCAUCACCACCAGAUGCACCAUCACCACCAUCAUCCGCAUCCUCAGGCUGAGAAUUCUGGAGACAGACCAGACAGCCAGGCUGGUACAGCAACUAAAGAAUUUGGAGAGGGGAGCAAUGAGGCAGGGGUGGCGAGCGCCGAACCCCCUCGGAGGGUACCAGACAGUAAGGGGCAUAAGAAGUUGCUGCAAUUGCUGACAUCUCCAACUGAGGAGCUGGGUAAAGGUAAUAGUGGACCAACCGGACCUCCGGUACCACCCCCCACGACCAGCAGCAAUACUCCUGCAGGAUCAGACAGUAAGGACCCCAUUGGGGGCAUGACUAGCCCCUCGUCCACUGGGGUGUCCUCCUCUUCCUCAGCCAGUGCCAAUCCAGGCCAGGCGACCGGGCAAGGGGGACUGUCCGCUGUGUUAUCGUCAGCCCACUACACAGGCUCGCUGCAAGAGAAGCACAAGAUCCUCCACAAGCUUCUUCAAAACGGCAACACCCCAGAUGAUGUGGCUAAAAUCACAGCGGAGGCCACAGGAAAGGUGACACUUGGGAACCAGGAAGGAGGUGAGGGGGGGACGGCAGCAUCAGGGGCCGGGCCUGGGUCAAUCACAGAGCCGAAGCAGGAGCAGCACAGCCCCAAGAAGGAGAAGACCCAUGCCCUCCUCCACUACCUCCUCAACAAGGAUGACUCCAAGGAGCCAGCCGAUGUCAAGCCCAAACUUGAAGAUCUAGAGGGGAAGGGACCUCCAGGGGCUGCUGGCGGCCCUUCACGAAACGGCCCUGGAUCCGGACCUGCACCGGAACAUCCUGAGAGCAAGAUCAAGUCGGAACCGCCUGACGACUUGCACAACCUGGAGUCGAUCCUGGGAGAUCUGAGGGGAUCAAGCUCAGACUUCUACCCCGAUCAGGCAGGAGGUGGAGGGUCCAGCGACACAGGAGCCAAACCUCAGGGUUGCCUUGAUGACAGCCUGCAGGGAAGUCCAGGAAUGGGUCCGGGACCUCGGGGGCCCUUCCAGAGGGCCAUGUCCAUGGACGGGAAGCCUUCGGGGGGUCCAGGAGGAGCAGGUCGACGCCCCAUGCUUAUCAAGCAGGAGAUGAUGGGCAGCCCGGACGGCUACCCUGGAAACAUGGGACCAAUGAGCAGGAGCAUGGUUCCCCAGAGGUCUCCCAUGGGAGGGUCGGGUGAGUGGGGCAUGCCUCGCUCCAGUGCCAGUCCUGUGGGCUCAGCAGGACACCCUUCCAUGAUGCGUCCAGGCAUGGAGUACAACAACAGCAAGGGCAUGAUGUCAGGACCCGCGGUCAGCCGCUCCAACAGCGUGCCGGGCGGCAGGUCGAUGCUGCAGCAGCAGCUCAUGGAUAUGGGUGGCUCCGGCGACAUGGGCAUGGGGAUGGGCCCCUUUACCCAGCAGGGUCAACGCAACCCGUCCCCCUCGUGGCCGGACACCAUGAUGGGCAUGGAAGGCAACAGACGGCAGUUCGGCAGCACCUUAGAUGAUCUCCUGGUGCCUCCCACCACCAGCGAGGGUCAGAGCGACGAGCGGGCGCUCCUCGACCAGCUGGACUCUCUGCUGAACAACACCGACGGCAUCGCUCUGGAGGAGAUCGACCGAGCCCUGGGAAUCCCAGACCUCGUCAGCCAGAACCAGGGGCCAGAGCAGCAGCUGGAGCAGUUUCCAGGACAGGACCCUUCCAUGGUGCUGGACCAGAAGCCGAUCUAUGGACAGGGCUAUCCAGGACCCCCCACCAUGCCGAUGCAGUCCGGCUAUGGAGGGAACCCCAUGCAGGGGCAGGGCCAGCAGAGUGGAUUUGGGCCCAUGCUCUCACAGAUGGGCCAAGGUGGCAGUUUCCCUGGUAUGGGCGGAAUGGGGGGGAUGGGGCACCCUCGAGCCAACAUGAUGAGACCGAGGAUGAUGAGUGCCAACAAGCCCAUGAGACUCCAGCUGCAGCAGAGGCUGCAGGGACAGCAGUUUAUGAAUCAGACGCGGCAGGGCAUGGCGAUCAAGAUGGAGAACCCAGGGGGGAACCCUGGCAUGAGGCCUGGAAUGCAGCCUGCCAUGGGAGGACAGCAGGGCUUCAUCAACGCUCAGAUGAUGGCUCAGCGCAGCAGGGAGAUGGUCACCAUGCAGAUGAGGAGGCAGCGCAUGAUGAUGCUGAUGCAGCAGCAGCAGCAGGCGGCGGCAGCGGCUGCAGCAGCGGGAGGAUUCAGUCCGCCUCCGAACGUCACAGCUCCUGGUGGCAUGGACAACCCUAUGGGGGGGCCAAACAUGGGCCCGCCAGGCCCCCAGCAGUUUUCCUAUGGUGGGAGCUAUGGGAUGGGUCAGCAAGGAGACCCCUCGUUCGGCCCCUCGGGCGCCAGUCCUCCUAACGCCAUGAUGCCGGGCCGCCUGGGACCACCGAACCCCAUGAUGCAACAGCACCCACAGGGCGGUCCCAUGUACCAAGGGGCAGAUAUGAAAGGCUGGUCGCAGGGAGGCAUGGGGCGCAACAGUUCGUACCCUCAGCAGCAGUUUGGGCAGCAGGGACCUCCGGGGCAGCAGCAGUUCGGGCAGCAGGGGAAUCCGGGGCAGUAUGGAGGCAUGAUGAUGAACGGGGGAAUGCCGGCCAGUGGAGGAGGGGGACACAUGGGCCAGAUGGGAGGACAGAUGGGUAUGAACCCGAUGGUGAUGGGACGCAUGCCUAUGGGCCCUGAUCAGAAAUACUGCUGAACCUGGCGACAGGAGCAUUUAUCUCACUGUGAUUCAGAGACGGGACACAGCUGCAGCACUGGAGUGUGUGUGGAGGAUCAGGUGGCGUGUGUUGAGUGAGUGUGUGUGUGAGUGUGUGUGUACGUGUGCAGUGCUGCGCUCUCACCAGACGGGGGAGUGAAGUUCCUUUCCUUUGGACACAUGGCCAGUAGCGAUGUGAGGAAAAAUCGACAGAGAGACACACACAGGGUUCAUGAAAAUCAGGAACACUGUGACUCAUUCACACACAUGAAGACUGUCAGACAGCUCCGGGGCUCCUCGUGUGGACUGUAGUUCUAACAAUCCUCUCUGUACGAGCAGUGUGCGUGCCUCAGUAAACGCACAGCUCGCUGGACCAAACCAGUGAAGGUGGGCAGGCAUUUGCAUCGAUCAUGAACUCGGACAAAACGUGUGCGGAUCCCCUCUCCUUCGUCGAAUGUACCACAAAGCCGUGUUCAGAUUUCCUUCUCCUUGUCUCUGAACUUUGUGGGAUUUUCUCAAAUUUGCCAUCUCCCUCUGCUGCUCCUGGAAGAAAUAUCUGCGAAGAAAAAACAAAAACCCCGGUCUCUAGACAACGAGCCAUCAGAUUGUGACACUCAGAUGAAUGUCAUGAAGCAGUAGCACAUUGUUUGGCUCCUCCAGGACACUGCUGGGCUGAAGUACGACUGAUUUACUUGUUGGCUGAUUGCACUUUAAGGAAAGGCCAACAUCGAAAGGAUUGUGGCAAUAUAGAGGCCUUUACCCAAGAAAUGAUACAUAGCAGCAGACGUUUACUGUUUAUUUUCGUGUGUGUUUUCCUCUCCGAGAAAUGGGGGCUGUUGACUGGGAAUGGGUAACCAUGCUGAUCUUUGUUCUAAAGCGGGAACCAGUAGAAAGGCAGUAAGCACAGAUGUUAUCCUCUCUUCUACAGCGGAGCGACUUUAUUACAACCCAGAGAAAUUCUUAGUUUUAAAGUCGUUUUAAACAAAAGAUCAUUUGGACUUUUGAUUAAUGUUCAAAUCUCCGCUUAUAUUUAUACAGAAUCGGGAGGAGGGCGUUUUAUCAUUCCAGAGGUGAUUUUUAAAAUCCAGAUAUUUUGGUUAUUUUGCACCAAUUUCCAGUGUUGCAGAAAUUCAAAGUAUAGUCGGUGAUUAAAUUGAUAUAUCUGACACACACACACACACUGAGAGGAAGUGUGAGUGUUCAAUGUAGCCGUGCAGAUUUCUAGCAAUAAUCCUUCCUCCUGGUUUUCCUCUGAGGACAAAGCUAAAGCAUCAUCUACUCAAAGCGACGGUACUGCAGUAUUAGACGUGAUGUCUCGUUUUCUUCGGAGCCGUUUUAUUCCUUUGUUUGUCUGUGAAUAUGAAUUGUAAAUAUGCUUCAAAUGUACUAUAUAUAAAUAUAUAUAUGCUUUUGUAGGUCACAUACUGUUUUUGCACAGAUUGUAAGGCUUGAUAUUUAAAAUUGUAAUUUUCUUAUUCCGUCAUAGGUCAGCUUUUAUUUCCAGUAGUUAAGCCACCGGUUGUCAAGGAGGUUUGUGAACGGUGUGGGUGGAUUCUCUCUCACGCUGCCGCUCUCUCUCUUUACUCAGACAUAGUCGUAGCUGAACAGGUGCUAGCGAGUAAUUAUCUCUUGAAUAAAUUAUUUUUUCCUUUGGCAAAAAAAAAAAAAAAAAAUCCAACACAAAAUAUGCCUGUAUACGAAAAAGAGUUGACACAUGAUUGUGUUUGGCUUCAAGGGACCCAGUUGUCUUAUCUGUAUGUGAGGUUGAUGAUUUCAUUUUGUUUUUCGUUCUGAUCCUGAAUCUCAUGCUUCCACACGUGAGCUUCACUCCUCCUGAGAUUUCUGUGCUUUGGCUUUUCCUGAUUUCGGCCUCAGAUAUGAGAAUUUGGAAAUCAGCAGUUUAACUGUGUUUGUUGGUUUGUUCACAGAUGUUUGUUUUUUUUGCAUCCUGAUGGAAGCGACACAAGAAAGCAUUUAAAUCCCAUAACGGACUGUUUCCAUUUUUUUGUUGACAUUUUGAGUUUUGCCUUUUAUUUCAACGUGUUUCCUGUGAAGCUUCUUGUUCAGAAAUCUACCUUCGAAAGGCAACACGCUCAAUCCAAAGAUUUUUGUUUGUCAUUCUGCGGUGCGUAGAAAACAGUUCCUGACGUAGAUCGUGCAAGUUCUCAUGUGUGCUUUUAUUGUUGCACAUAACCUAUGAUAUACAUUGAACUAAAUAUGUUUAAUUGCAUAUAUUAUAUCCCCCCCCCCUCCAUAUGAGAUAGAGUAGAGACCAGUCUGCUGAGGUAGUUUUGACUUUUUGUUUGUGCUUGUUUCUUCCUUCCUGUAGAACUUACACCCGGUUGAAUUGUGGUGCUGCAAACGGUUAUUUCACCUGAGAAUGUCUUGAGCGGAGAGGACUCAUGAUCGAUGUCAUUAUGUCUCAGACCAGUAGCUCGGAGUUUGUCAGUUUUGUUUCUUGUUUUUUUUCCAAAUCCUGAUCUCUAUGAAGAAUAUGAAAGAUUGAUCUACAAGUAUUAAGAAAAUGCCUGUGUUUUGCUUAAAGAAAAAGAGAAGACACAUCUGGGAAUCUUACAGUCAUAACUACAGGAUGUAAAAUACUAUUGCGUUUUUUUCUUACCUUGUUCCUUGAUGUUGAUAUCGAUGUAAAUAUAAAUUUAUAUUUAAACAUUA